GGAAGGUCCUUUUUCACCUAGCAGUCACCAUCUCGUACAGCAUUUCCUCGACCUUUUGACUCUCUUACAACACCCCAGUGCGUUAAGGUUUGGAUUAUUUAAAUUUUCGUCAUUUCCUGUCUUUUCGAAUCACAGCACAAUUCCUCCAUGACGCGGAUUACCAGCGAAUCCAUAAGCUCUAAUUCACAUCCUAUCCAUAGGCUCCGUCAAAAGAAAAUGCAGAAAUAUCAAACGGCUUCCAUUGUGAAAUCAGAGCCGAAAGAAGAACCGGCCGACACAAUCAUCCACCUUCGUUCCCCUUCGCCUCCCAAAGAUUUGGGAUGGGACCAUCCCAACGAGUUGGACUACAGAGAUGCGUCUGGAUGGUCCAAGGACGACAUCAUUAAACAUCUCGUCACUCACUCAUUCUCGGUCCCAGGACGUACACAUCGUUCGAAAUGGGCUACUAUAACCUCGGCAGAUGGGUCAACAACGGUAGUCCCGAACGUAUACCGUAUACCGCUGAUGUUCGUGGGAGAAUUCAUGUGGAGCUCCCUCCGGUUGGUCUUGGGUGACGACAAGGAGUGGGCCGAAUUCAAGACAGGAAUCCUGCAUGUAUCGAGGCUUUGUAAAGCGUUCUUGGAUGAAGUUAGGCGAGCAAUGAGUGAAGAAGGCAUUGGAAGAAGCUGGAGAUGUGCGAUGUUUGAUAGGGCCCUCGUUCGAUAUCGUAUGGGGUGGUUGCUAUCCCACCCAAAGUACCUGAAGGAAUUUUGGGAGAUGUAUGGCGAGGAAGAGUAUCGGAAAGAUGCUGUCAAAUCUGUUAUGGUGCUGAUAAGCGUAGAUUGGAAACGACUGGUUACGAAAGGACUCAAGGGAUUCAAACUUGAUGAAGAGCAGAUAGAGGGCGGGGUUAUGGCCGUCCGGUGGAUGAGUGGGCUAAAGGAGGUUGCCGGCGCUUGGAUAUGGGAUACGAACGAAAAAUCACCGCUCCCUGCGAGGAAUGCGCAAGACUAUCUGGAGUCUUGGCAGCGCACAAAGCUCUGGGGGGACCGGCCCGUGGCACCGUCUAUAUCAGCCGUCAAUACCCUUCCAACGAAAACGCAUGCUUUGGAAUCUUGUGAUCCGGAGAUUUCAGUCGCACCUCCCGGAUUAGGCUGUGACUCCGUCGCUUUUGCCAUACCGUCUCCAUCACCCGAACUCUUCAAGCUCUUGGGUCUAAAAUUCCAAUCCCAAGAACAGCGUAUCGCAUCCCUGGAAAAUGAGGUCGCCUUACUCAGGAAAUCAGCAGGAAUUAGAGCGACCGUAACCAUUCCCGAACACGCGGUCGCCUUUGUCCCGACCCCCAAUUUCCCAGAACUCUCCGACCCGGACUGUUCGACGAGCUUCUGGAGAAAUCCCUUGGAACAGCUGUUAGAUGUGGAUAUGGAUAUGGAUGAGGGUGCUACCCUGUCUUUCGUUAAACUGCGAGCCUGA